CCCUCCCCGCCCCCCGCGAGCCCCGGCCGGCCGUGAGCUGAUGUCCUGAGCUCGCCGCCCGCGGGCUGUGCGCCCGGCCAGGGGCUGCCUGGGAAGUUGGGGCGAGGCGCGCCGGCUAUGCGCCAUCACCAUGUCCCGCCUGGACUCGUGGCUCGGUGAGGUCCAGUGGCUGGGCUUGGUGGCGCUCUUCGUCGUGGCUUUGGGCACUGUGGGCCUGUACCUGGCGCAGUGGGCGCUGGCCAGGGCGCGACCCCGCUCCCCGAGGCGGGCGGCGGAGCCCGGCGAGGGCCAGCGCCCCGAGCCGGAUGCGCUGCUCGCCUGGAUCGUGACGCUGAGCAUCUGGAGGAAGCAGUGGCAGGCCGCCUGGGUGGCCGCCCUGAACGAUGAGGCCAAACGGAGAGCGGGCCCGCCACUCCUCUGCUUCCAGGAGGACCCGCUGCAGCAGCCCCUGGAGCUGGCCAUGGGACAGGUGUCCAGCGUGGCCCAGUCAGCCCAGGAGAAGGUGGUGUUUUGUCACGUGGUGGGCGAGACCAUCCAGUUCCUGGUCAGCGUGGGGCUACCCUCGUCCGAGGACACGGGGCGCCCGCUCUACAGUGUGCGGCUCUCCCCGCUUCAUCUGCAGCUGGAGCUCCACAUGAAGGAGAAGAGAGAAGACAUUCGGAUCAAGUGGUCCUUCAUCAGCGCGCCGGAGAUGGCCAUUACGGUCCAGCCCAAAGCACCGGGGGAGGACCAGGCGGUUGGGGCAGAUGCAGUCUCUGAAAGUCUCAAGGAUAUUGUGAAGCAACUGGUUAGCUCUGCGUCCCCAUCAGCAGUUCUGAGCACAAAGCCUACGGAUGUGAGGGGAGUUCAGCAUCUGCAGUGCACUCCAUCUACUCAGGAAUCCUGCCCCCCCAAACCUCCAAGGGCUCAUGAGCUCAAACUAUUGGUGAAGAAUAUUCGAGCCUCGCUGCUGAGCCAUCCUGGUGCUUCAGGCAACAUUAACCCAGUGUGCGUAGUUCAGCUGAAUGAUCCCAUCCAGAAGUUCUCCAGCACCCUCUCGAAAAACACUACCACCCUCACCUGGGAAGAAGAAUUCACCUUUGAGUUGAAUGCCAAGUCGAGGGAGUUGCACCUGCAGAUUUCAGAGGAUGGGCAAUCCUCAGAAGCUCUGUUGGCGAUGACCACUGUCCCCUUGGAUUUGUUCAAGAAGCAGCCUUCUGGGCCACAGAGCUUUACGCUGACCAGCAGGGCCUCCUCAGGCAGCUCAGCAUUGGGUUCGGUCACUGCAGAGUUCUCUUACAUCGAACCCGGUGAAGCGAAAUCCUGGCAAAUGCCUCCAUCUGUUCCUGCUGCAAAGAUAGAAAAAGACCGCACGGUGAUGCCGUGCGGGACCGUGGUCACUACUGUCACUGCCGUGAAAACCAAGCCUCGCUUCGAUGCAGGGAGGGCGUCCCCGCUGAGCUCCGAAUCUCCCCUGAGAACACCUGUCAAGGUGAAGGUCAUCGAGAAGGACAUCUCCAUCCAGGCCAUCUCCUGCCACGGCGCCCCCGUCAGCAAGAUGUUCUCUUCCUCAGAUACAGAGCUACUGGUGCUGAGCGGUGCCGACCCGGUGGCCGAAGUCGCCAUCCGACAGCUCAGCGAGUCCUCGAAGCUGAAGCUCAAAUCCCCGCGGACGAAGAGCACGAUCGUCAUAUCUGGGGUCUCCAAGACCUCACUAUGUCAGGACAACGACGCCUCCCUGAUGCUGGACUACGCAGCCUCCAUGGACAGCACCUGCCAGAAGGAUGCCUUGGACCAGCCAGGGGCGUCUGUGGCCCCUGCCCCACCCGAGGGGGGGAAGGAGACCCCAGCAGGGGCCCGGCUGGCCCUGGAGCCCCAGGAGACUGAGCUGGAUUCCUGGGACUUGGAAGAGGAGCCACCGGCCGGGGCCAGUGCCUGGGGUGGCCAGGCCCUGCGGGACCCUGCUGGGGAUGAGCUGUCGGAGCACUCCCUGAGUGUGUCUGAGCUGGAGCCGGGCACUUCCCAGAAGCGUAAAGGAGGGAUUUUAAGGAAGGGCGCGAAGCUGUUCUUCCGCCGGCGGCACCAGCAGAAAGACCCCGGCCUGAGCCAGUCCCACAACGACCUGGUGUUCCUGCAGCAGCCGGCAGGGCCGCGGAGGAAGGGGGCGACGCUUGCCCGGUUCCUGAACAAGAAGCUGCUCUCCAGACACCGGGGCCAGAGCACCGCGAACGGCGCCCCCCUGGACCCCCGCCCGUAGGCCGGCACGCCUCCUUCCCCGCGAUGCUGCAGACGUGGACCCUCCGUAGCCACCCGCCAGGACACAGCCAGAGGGCCCGUGAGUUGUGGACGGCCUCCCUGUCCCCAGUCUAGCUGGGGUUUUUUCCAACAAUUUCAUCUUUUAAAGGG